CCCGUCGCGCAGUCCAGUGCACAAUGCGUCCCCACUGACGCGGGAAACGAGUCAAGCUGUAUCUCCGCGAGUACGCCGCGGAGGACGACCGGCCGCCGUGCCGGGAGGAGUGGCGCCGGCAGGAUUGGGCCGGCGGCGGUGGUGGCGCGCGCGCCCGCCUGCCCCAGGUGGACCGCAGCCCGUCCCGCCGCAGCCCCUACCUGACACGAGAUGACGAGCCCUCGCCGGCGCCCGACGAGCGAGGCCGCUCGGCCUCGGCCGGCGCUCACCACCGCGCGCGUCCUCGUCCACUCCGCUACCAAUCCCUCGAGCGCGAGUAUGACCGCUCGUACGCUCCGCCGCCGCCCCCCGAGGAUGACUACUACCGCCGCGAGCAACCGCCCGGUAUGUUCCUGGGAGAGCUGCAAUCUCAGAAUUCCGAUCUGCACCGGGAGCUGGGGAACCUUAAGAAAGAACUGGAAUUGACCAAUCAGAAACUCGGCUCCAGCAUGCACAGCAUUAAGACCUUCUGGAGCCCUGAACUGAAGAAGGAGCGGGCGUUGAGGAAAGAGGAGAGCGCUAAGUACAGCCUUAUAAACGACCAACUAAAACUGCUCAACCAGGAGAAUCAGAAACAAGCAAUGCUCGUACGACAACUGGAAGAAGAACUAAGACUGCGCAUGCGUCAACCCGCUCCUGAAUUACAACAACAGCUGGAAGCCUUGUUUUCUGAAAAUGAACAUCUACAAAGAGAGAUAGCAAUAUUGAGAGAUACAAUAAAGGAACUAGAAUUGAGGAUCGAAACACAGAAACAAACACUCCAAGCCAGGGAUGAGAGCAUCAAAAAAUUACUUGAAAUGCUCCAAAACAAGGGGAUGGGUAAAGAAGAAGAGCGUCAAAUGUUCCAACAGAUGCAAGCAAUGGCGCAAAAACAGGAGCUCAAGGCGACGGCGGACACCCUGCGGGCGCUGCAGGUGCAGCUGGAGCGCGCGCUGGCCGCGGCCGGCCUGCCGGGCGGCAGCGCGGGCGCCACUCUCACGGCGGUGCUCGAGACCAAGGAAGCGCGCAUCGCCACGCUCGAGCGGCAGGUCGCGUUGCUCGAAGGCGAGCUGGCCGCGCUCGUGUCGCCGCCGCCGCCCUCGCUCGCGCCCUCGCACGCCUCGCUUUACGAUAAGGCCGAUCCUCCCUUCAAGAGACAACUGGACGAGUUCCGGUUGGAGAUCCAGCGUCGAGAUCAGGAGAUCCUGGCGAUGGCCGCCAAGAUGAAGGCCUUGGAAGAGCAACAUCAGGACUACCAGCGGCACAUUGCCGUGCUAAAGGAAUCGUUGUGCGCUAAAGAAGAACAUUACAGUAUGCUGCAGACCGACACAAAGAACUACUACCAUGCACAGGUGGAAGAACUGAAAGCCCGGCUUGAUGAGAAGAGUAGACUGGUGGAGAAGAAAACGGCGGCUGCGUUGUCAGCCACGCACGAGCUCGCUGAGCUCAGAGACCACUCCGAGAUCAAGGACAGGAAGAUCAACGUGUUGCAGCGCAAGAUUGAAAAUCUAGAAGAUCUCCUUAAAGAAAAAGAUAAUCAAGUUGAUAUGGCGAGAGCUAGACUGAAUGCCAUGCAAGCACAUCACUGUUCUUCUGAAGGUGCACUUUCAUCGCUCGAAGAAGUUAUUGGAGACAAGGAGAAACAAAUACAGCAAUUGAGAGAGCAGAGAGAUCGAGCUGAACACGAAAAGAACGAAGAAAGAGAACUGCACGAACGCGAAAUAGCCGAAUAUAAAAUGAAACUCCAUGCGCUUGAGAGCGAAGUAGAAAAACUUGGUGCUAGACUCGAAAGAGCACAAGCCGAGAAGGAUCGACUUGAAGCUAAGUUAGAAAGCUCACAGUCUGAACUGGGUAAGUCUAAGGCAGAGCUGGACAAAGCUGCCAGCGAAGUUGGCAGGUCUGGCGCUGAUUGGGAGGCAGCUAAACAGCGCUUGGCAAGACUUGAGCUUGAGAACGAAAGACUCAAACAUGAACUGGAGCGGUCUCAAACAACGUUCGGCAGGAGCACUUUAACAACGUCACAGGAGUUGGACAGAGUUCAAGAGAAGGCUGAUAAGAGUGCAGCAGAGUUGCGACGAACUCUGGCAGAACUGAGAGUGACUCAGGCGGAUGCUGAGAGGGCUAGGUCUGAGGCCAGUGCGUUGCAGGACAAACUGGAGAAGUCACAGGGUGAAGUCUACCGUCUGAAGGCCAAGCUUGAAAAUGCACAAACAGAACAGGAUAGCCUGAAGGAAGAAUAUGAUCGGGUGCAAUCAUCAGUUAGCCGACUCCACUCUGAGCGAGAUAAGGCUGUGGCAGAACUGGACAAAGCCAGGGAGGAACUGGAACGUACUCAGGCCACACUGGGCAAGGCUCAGCUGCAACAAGACAAACUCCAAGCCUCGCUGGAUGCCGCUCACUCUGAGAUCGAUAAGCUACAAGAGAAAUUGGACAAAGCUGCUGCUGAAGUUAGGAAGUGUCAAGUGGACCGAGAGAAGCAAGCCUAUGACUUCGAGUCGCUACAGUCGCAGCUGGACAAGGCGCUGGGCAUGUCCGCACGCUUCGGCAAGGAGAGGGACACGGCACAGCUGGAGGCUGAUCGGUUCCGAGACAAGUAUGAAAAAUCACAGGCACUAGUAACUCGCAUCCAGAAGGAACGUGACACAGCCCUAGCAGAGGCUGCAAGCUGCCGCGAAAGAGCUGAAGCUGCAGCGGCUGCAGCUAACAGAGCAGCCAGGGACCGUGACAGCGCCACCACCGAGCUGGACGUCCUUAGAGAAAGAUGGGAGAAGGCACAUCAGCAACACCAGAAAUUAACGAUGGAACGAGACGAUGCACUGACAGAGCUGGAAAUAUUGAAAGAAAAGCUAGACAAAGCCCUCUACUCCACACAGAAAACUAUCGAAGAAAAGGAAACCGCCCACAAAGAAUACGAGAAAAUGCUUGAGAAGUAUGACAGGUCCCAAAAUGAAAUCUACCGACUUCAGAACAAGAUAGAUAUACUCGAAGCAGACAAAGAUCGCCUUGAAAUGGAGUUCGAAAAGCAUGCGCAUAUUGCGACGAAAGCAAGAGAAGAACAACGCAAGACACAAGAUGAACUCGCUAGAUUACAAGAAAUGUACGAUAGGGCGUCACUCCAACUUGGCAGGACUAAAGAACAGGAAGAAAAAGCCAAGGAAGACAUGGAUAGGUUAAGUGUCGACAUUGAAAUGGUACGAGAUCGUUACGAAAAGAGCCAGAUCGAGCUUAGAAGGUACCAGGCUGAGAAGGAGAAGUUAGUUGCAGAUAACGAACGGCUUCAAUUUGAAUAUGACAGGGCAAUGACACAGUGUGGCAAAGCGCAAGCUUCGAAUGAAAAAACACAGGAAGAAAUGGCUAGAGUGCAAGUAGAACUUGAAAAAAUGUAUGACAAGCACGACAAGGUAGCGGCUGAACUGAGGAGAGUUCAAGCCGAGCUGGAUAAGGUGAAGCAAGAUGCGAGCGGGGCGAGAGAAGAAGCUGAGCGAUAUGCGGCACGAUAUGGGAAGUACCACGACACUAAAGAAGAACACGAGAGGACUAAGUUGGAGGUGGAACGACUGCGUGCGCGGUUAGAGAAGACCACGAUAGACCUGGAACGAGCGCGCAAGGCUGAAGAGGAAGCAUCCCGUCUACGUUCGGAGCUCGAACGCCACGAAGCCGUCCGAGGUAAAUACCAAUUCGAACAGGACAAAUGGACUAAUGAACUAAACAGAGUGCAGGCAGAACUCGACAAGCAACACGAACGCUACGAGGCGGCACAGGCAGAUAUUCAACGCCUGCAGGCUGAGAAGGAGCAAGCAGAGACUAAACUACACGAGAUGAACAUACAAUUAGAGCUAUCCAAGAGCGAAGUGACCAAGUUGAACGCGGCAUUAGAAAAGCAACGAACAGAACUAGAACGUGCUCAUAUUGAGUGCGAGAAAUUCAGAGAUCGGUGUGAAAAGCUUAAACUGCGAUCAGAACAGCUGGACAAAGAUAACGAACGACUUAAAGGAGAACUGCAACAGAUUGAAAGGAUGAAAUUGCAAGCGGUUGCAGGAGACAAAGCGAGGACCGAAGACAGGCUCGAAAUCGAGCGGCUUCGUGACAAGCUUGAAAAGGCAAUACAGGCAAGAGAUUCUACAGAAAUGGAGGCUGGCCGCUUAGCAAAGGAACUAGAGAAAUCUCAGAUGCAUCUUUCUAAAUAUCAGGAGACCAACGAGUCGACUCGUGUCGAAUACGAAAGAAUGACGAAUGAACUUGGUAGAAUGCACGAACGUCUCGAGAGAACCAUCUUAGAGAUGAGGCAUGUAGAACAGGAGAGAGAUGCACUGUUGCAAGAGAUACAUAAUAUGAGAUUCAACGUGGACCAACAACAGAGAACCCUGGAUCACCGCACACAGGAAACCCUUGUAAAAUUACAGCAGGAACUUGCUCAAUCUGUUCGCGACAGAGAGAAGAUGGCUUCUAUAUUAGAACAGAGAGAUAAACAAGCUGAUGCUAUAGAAAAACAGAUUGUAAAACUGGAAGCCGACACAAAACAGCUUACAAUCGAGCGCGACCAAUUAGUGGCACAAUUGGAAAAAUCUCAGGACAUGCUUGUGAACUUCCAACGAGAACUGAACGCAUCAGAGGCCGAGUUACAGAAGCAGCGCGAGGAAGUGCGUAAAGUAAAAGAAGAACAACGAAAGAUGGCACAGGACUCUGGUGGCGCCAAGAGCGUUAUUGAAAGUCGCGACAGAGAGAUCGCUAAGCUGCAGCAGCAGGUACAAGCUGUUAAUAAAGAAAAAGAGACGAUUAGACAGAGAGCUGAAAAGGCCGAGAAAGAAGCGCAAAAGGUCGGAGAGAUUGAAAAGUGGCGCGCUAUUGUGGAGCAGGAAAAGGCAAAGACGGCUGCAGCGGAGCGCGCGCUGGCUGAGUGCCAGUCGCGCCUACAACACUUGGAGAAGCAGAUGCAGGCAGGCGCACGCGGCGGGGCAGACGCAUUGGCUGCUGCGCAGGCUGAUGCCCGCGCGCACCAGGUCGAGCGCGAGCGCUGCCAGGCGCAGCUCGAGAUGCUCGUCCAAGAAUUGGAGAAGAGCCAGCUCGAUCUUCGAGAAGCGACGAAGAAACUUCAAGCUGCGGGCGCGCAAAACGCCAAAGCUGGGGAAGACACAGCCCAAGCUAAGAAGCAACUGCAAGAGGAAUUUAAAAAGUUGGACGAUGCGAGGAGACAGUUCGAGGAGCAGAGGAGAAUGGUGGAGAACAAACGGAAAGACGUGGAAGAGAAGGAGAAAGCGUUGGCGGAGUUAGAUCGACAGCUGAAGAAGAGAAAAGAGCAAAUGGACCAAAUGGAAGCAUCUUUGAGGAAGGCCGGCGGCAGCACAGCGGCGGCAUCAGAGCUGAACCGCAAACUGUCAGAAUCGCAGAAGGACGCGGACGGGCUGAAGCAGCAGCUCGAUCAGACUAAGGAAGAGGCUGCACGCCUCACAGCUGAGACCGAGCGCCUGCUGCAACUCGUGCAGAUGUCGCAAGAAGAACAGGCGCAGAAGGAGAAGCAGAUCAUCGAACUGCAACAAUCUGUUAGAAAUCUACAAGCCAAACUGAAAAGUCAGCAGCAAGCACAAGCACAAAGAGAAGAGGCCGGACCCGCUGGCUUCCUCAAAAGCUUUUUCUAAGUUAGUCCUGCACACCAAGACUGUCGUUCAUUUAUUUGCUCUUUUCUUUUAAACA